AUGCCUACUCUCAGUUUAAUGACCCGCGAUGAGGCUGUUCAUCGGCUCGCCAAAAGAAACAACUGGGCUGCCGAAAACGCCGGUGUCAUGUUGGUUUUCUGCAUUCUAUUCGUCAUCGCCGUUGGUCUGAUAAUUCUCGCCGUCUACCGAUGGAAUCUGCGGCGCAAGGCUGCACGUGGGGGUCAUUAA